UUCCUCACUUGUAUUGCAGGUGAAAAAGAAAAUAAUGUCAUUACUAGAGCUGUACUUGAAUUCCACAAUGUAUCCUGUGUCCGGUUCAUUUCAAGGACAAAUGAAGAAGAUUUUAUCCACAUUUCUAGAGAAGGAGGAUGUUCAUCUUACGUGGGCAGAAAUGGUGGUGCACAAACACUUAAUUUAGCUCCUGAGUGUCUCCAUUUAGGAAUUAUUAUGCACGAAUUGAUGCAUGUUUUAGGAUUUGUACACGAGCACACUCGGUAUGACAGAGACGAAUAUGUUAAUGUUAUCUGGGACAAUAUUAAAGAUGGUUUAUGCUCAUCUUACGUGGGCAGAAAUGGUGGUGCACAAACACUUAAUUUAGCUCCUGAGUGUCUCCAUUUAGGAAUUAUUAUGCACGAAUUGAUGCAUGUUUUAGGAUUUGUACACGAGCACACUCGGUAUGACAGAGACGAAUAUGUUAAUGUUAUCUGGGACAAUAUUAAAGAUGGUCGCAAGGAUAAUUUUUUGAAACUUGAUUGGCACGACAUGAGUGUGUUAAAUGAAAGAUAUGAUUACGAAUCAAUUCUUCAUUACCACAGAUUUACAUUUAGCAAGAAUCCAGGUAAAAGUCCUACAUUAGAGCCAAAGAAAAGAAGAGCUAGAAUUGGACAGCGGAAAUACCUCAGCGCUGGAGACAUACGGAAGAUUACAAAGCUCUACAAAUGUUCAAAAUUGUGA